AUGGACGACCCAACGCACCCCGAGCGACUUAAUUCAUCGUUGUCGCGUGAAGACAUGAACAUAGGAGAUAUGCAAUCGGACACCUCAGGCCGUUCGACACCAGAGCCACGAGCUUCCACCGAGCUUUCCGAACCUGUUGCCUCGUUCUUUAGCAACGUAACCCUCGGCGGAUUUCCUGAGCCAGAUACAAAGGCACAACCCUGGAAGAGAGUGUGGAAGGGACCACAACAGCCAUCUUCUGAUGGAAAAAUUCUCGUGGGAUGCCCAAAGAUCUGUGUUUAUGGAAGCAAUGUCUUGGGAGGUUACUGA